UGAAUCCAAACAGUUCCAAAGAUAUAGAAAAAAAAAAUGGAAGAUAACGUUCAAAUAUACGAACAUGCUGUAGCAUCGGAACUCAUUCAACUGCAGUUGGAAAAACUUGAAACCGAUUGGGUAACGGAGGUGAUCGAAAACGAUUUCUUGCACUGUCAAGAUUUACCACUAUUUUACGAUGAAAUUCUUGGUGAAUGUCACGUCAGCGCACGAUUCACAAAUUUGCAGAGAGCAUUUUCCUGUUGGUUAAAUUCGACCAGUGGAAUAUCUGAAAAUAAUGGUGCUAUGACAUCUGCAAGGCAAUCAAUCGGGAAUUCAGAGAUGCCAGAAAAUUCUUCUUCAACAUUCAAUACAAGCCUUUUAGACAAGGGAGCCAAAUUCUGGGGUUUUCUGUUUCAGGAGAAGAAAGUGAAUAUUCAGAAUUUGCUGGCACUUACUGGUUUUUUUAUUGAUAGGGGUUCAACCCUUGCAAGCAGUUUUGAUGAGCGUGAACUGUGUUUUGAAGCUGCCAAGAUGUAUUUAACAAUGAUAUGUAUUCCUGGGAGUAUGGCUUUCAGAGUCUUCCAUCAAAUGUUGUAUAUGAAGUCAUUGCAACUUAUUCUGCUGUAUGUGCAAAUCAGGAAAUACCAACAGAAAAAUGCAACACAGUCUCAACAAGCAAAGAAAAGUCAGAGACAGCCUGCUAUAGAAGUCGAAGAUAAUGAAGAAGACACUCCACUUGGGGUUGAAGAAAUUGCUUCAGUAGAGAAAGCUAUCUCAAGUUAUUUGGAUGCUUUACUGCUAGUUCCACAACAUCUUUCUUUGAAACGAUAUCCCAACAUCCUGAAAGAAACUGUUGAAUGCAUACUACCAGUCAUCAGCCUGGAUAGGGGAACAGUGAGUCUAAAGGCGCUUGAAAUAGUACAAAACUUCUGCACUCCGUUACAUGGCGAUGCCGUCCAAACUGUCCAUCAUGUCUUCGUGCACAUUCUGCCACAUCUGACACUGGACCCCGGUGAUAAAGAUUUGAAUAACAAAAAUUUAAUAGCCUUGAAAGAAAUUAGCUUCAAGUUAGUACGCACCUUCGUCGCAAAGUUUGGAGCCGUUAUCUACCCUCUUUUGCAAGGAGUGAUUAAACAUAUUUGUACUGAAGUCGUCGAUAAGUCCGAAUAUCGUCAGAAAACAGCCCAAACUGCGCUAGAUUUACUUCAGCUUAUUCCUGCAGAACAUCAACAAGGCAUUAUACGUUGGUUUCUGCUACUUGCUUAUGCAGAACCAGCCUAUCUACGCCUUCUUUCCACGGAAAUAUUGUCAAUUCUGUUGCAAAACGGACGAGUUGAUAUGCCCAUUUUUGCUGUCAUUUUUGCUGUCAUUUUUGCCUUGUGUUCUGAUCCAUCUGCAACGGUCAGAGCGAAAGCUCUUUCUAUCUUGGGUGAAUGUAUCGAGUCAAAUCAUCCUUCCAUGGUUGAAAUGCUCGAUAUCAUGUUUGCUGAGGACAUUGAUAGGCAAACAGUCAAUAAUGAAGAAAGCAAAGAAAUUGACAUUGUGGAACUAUUGCAAGCAGAAGGGCCCAUUGAGAUAAACUCCAAAUUUUUGCCAAAAGCCUCUGAAAUCGUCAGUCUUCUUCAAGAACGAUCCCUCGACGAAAAGGUUCACGUGCGUAAAAAUGCCUUACAAUUACUGCUAUUGGUAGCUCGACGACAUGGACGCUAUCUGACUCUUGAUCUUCUCAAGCUACUUGGUAAUGCUUGCCGAGAUAUCGCCAUGCUCAUCCGUCGCAACGUAGCGCAAAUGUUGACGGAACUGUUGUCCGAACAUCCAGAAAACGAAGCCACACAAAAAAUAUGGGCACAAUCGGUACUGCCUCUGGUGCUUGAUGGUGAAACGCGCGUACAAGAAAAAGCUCUGGAGUGUGCUGAUCAGAUGGUUCUGCGCCCGUUGCUUGGUCAUGACAGUAGGCAAGGCUGGACGCUUUUGGAAGUUAUAAUAGAGGAAGGCCUGGACAUUUAUUUGAGUAAAGCGGUUGAGGUCUGGUCCCGUCAACAGCAGAUUCCAGCACAACUCCCAAGAGCUUUACUUGCAAACAGCCAGGAGCGCCCACGAGCGGCAUUAACGUUCGUUGCUAUAUUGGCUCGCCAUGCAAUCAUUGAUGCCAACGUGAAGAAAUUUACCCUCGAUUAUCUCCAUGAAAACAUAAGCUCACAGAAUCCGGUGAUCGUCUGUUGUUUACAGCAAGUAUAUAAAACCAUAGGAGCAUGUUUACCUAGUAUGAACAAGGAGAACAUAGAGACUGUUCGCACAAUUUCAAGUCGAUCAGUUGCGCACUGUCACUUACCUACAAACCUCAUCUCCACCGUUUGCGAUAUGGUUGUAUAUUGCAUCCAGCAGCAAGUAAAAGAUGAAAGCGAAGCCCAGAAGGAAGCCGCUCUAUGGGCAGGAGAAAUUAUAUCCGAUUGUGGAGAAUUCCUUAGCAGCCAUCUCAGGAAGCAAGAUGCUGUAUUACCAGAGGAGGAGGAGCAGUUGGCGCGUCGUAUUCUCAUACUGGGUUCCGUUGGGUUGCACUGCCCUAGACAAGUCAACAAGCGACAUUUCUUGGUACUGCAGCACGCUGCUUUUCAACCGGAGAGCGGCGUGGACGCUCCGAUUCCUUUCUCUCAGCCACAGUCCCAGCCUAAAAGAAAGCUUCCUCCGCGACUACAAGCGGCCGCUAUCAUUUCACUGGGGAAACUCAGUGUUCAACAUGAGGAGAUGGCCAAACAGCUUAUUCCGGGUCUGGGUCGUCUCCUUGAAACGACUCCACACGAAACGGUCCGCAACAAUAUUGUUUGUUGUCUGUGCGAUUGGGUAAUUCGCUAUGCCACCGCCAUUGAUCCCGUUAUGCCCCAAGUAACGGCUUGUCUACGUGAUCCAAUCCCUGCUGUAAGGAAGCAAACAUUAGUCUUACUGAUACAUCUUUUGCAAGAAGAUUACCUCAAGAUUCGUGGAACCUUUUUCUUCCGCAUCCUGCAAUUGGCAUGCGAUGAUGACGAAGGAUUAAGAGUUCUGGCACACUUCUAUGUUACCCAGCGUUUACUCCAUAGACAACCAACCAUCAUACAGCAGCACUUCAUCGAGAGCGUGUUCCACUUCAAUGACUACAAGGGUCACCCAACAUACAAUAAAUUUGCCUUGACGGAGAGAGAAAGGAAGUUGUUUUCCAUCGCUGGACAGCAAAACGCAGAACGUCGAUUCCAAAUUUACCAGUUCAUGUUGCAGAACAUAGAUGACGAGGCACGGUUUCAGCUUACUUUCCGACUAACUCGCGAUGUGCUCCACGGAGUUGUUGAGGAUGUUAUGUCUCUAAAAAAGGCUUCCACUGAAGCUGUUUUGAAGGAUGCCCUUGCCGUACUUUCAUCGGAGGAUAUUAAAUUAGCUUCAUUGGCUGCUUCCACGGAAGACGAUCCCGUAGAGAAAGAAGAUAUAGCUCAAGCUAUUGUACAGUCCACUAAGAAGGCUAUCAUUGCUCAGGUUGUAAAACGAAAUGUUAUCGAAAACAUUGUACCAAUCGUCGUCGCUUUAAAACGUAAACUAGCGGCCAAUAAGUCCUCACUAAUGGGCAAUCUCAUGCAAUUUCUACGGGAGCUAAUGAAGGAUUACAAAGACGAGAUCCAAGAAAUCCUUGCCGAAGAUCGCCAAUUAAUGGCUGAAAUUGAUUUCGAUCUAAAACGGUUUGAGCAACAGGAGAGAUUGGAUGCGGAAUUGCGGACCUCUCGAGUGGAGCGAACUGUACCGCCUGCAGAGUUAAUUAAUCCACACGAAGGUGAGCAAGCCAGAACUCAACAAGGUGAUGAUAGGCGAAGUAGAAUCAACCAUCCUACCACCGAAUCCACAGAAACAUCAACGAACAACGCGGAACUAUCGAAGGGGGAAAGUGAAACCCCCGUUGGAGCUGUUGAAAGUAAUCCGUCCGAAAGUAUUCCACCAACAACGGUAGAAGGACAAGAACCGGUCGCCGAAUCAAACGAAAGGAAUGGGAAACAAUUUACAACGGAAAGGCCGAAUGCAAGUAGUAGUCCAAAUGGGGAAAGUGAGGCACCAGUAGAGAAAGAUGCUCCAAUGACGGAUACUUCUCGUGCGUUUUUACAACCUGAAAUACCAAAGGUACCUCUAGUGCGGAAUGUGGCGACCAAGCGUAUUUUGAGAUCGAGAGUUAUGAGCACUCCGAUCAGAAAUGUUCCACAUGAUGACGUUAGUUUCCAAAUAAGAGAUGUAGAUAUAAGUGACAUUCAUCUACACGAUCCUAACCAAACUGACUCCCUGCCAGAGCUCGAGGCCUCAGCGGUGCGACCAAAAAGAAGGCGUCGUUAACAUUCGUUAAAUAACUUUUUGGAAUUAAUAACAAUAAAUCACGUACCCUGAA